GCCAAAAGUUGUUUUCCAUGUCCGGUGAAUUCAGAACAUUCAAGAAUUUCUUUAGCUCCAUGUGUACUGGGGAGGGGGGGAGGUUGGAGGAGGAAGGGAGUGAACCAGGAUGAGUAUGAAAUGGUCUGUGCCACCAGGAGUAUGCCAGCCUACAUAAAGAGGAGGAGAGUCCCUGGGUGGUACAAUUGGCUAAGUGCUUGGCUGCUAACUGAAAGGUUGGAGGUUCGAGUCUACCCAGAGAUGCAUCGAAGAAAGACCUGGUGACCUACUUCUGAAAAAUCAGCCGUAGUAAACCCUGUGAAGUGCAGUUCUGAUCUGACUCACAUGGGGCUGUCACGAGUCAGAACUGACUAGAUGACAAUCAGUUUCUGUUUUGUUUUUUUGGACCAAAAAAAGAAAAAAAAAAAAAACUUCCUUCUGUCUGCCAGAUGCCUAAAGCACACAGACAUAAAAAAAAAAAAAAAGUUUUCAAAUAAACUUUUGGAGGAUUACUGUGUUGAAUGAGUUGACUUGCCCUACAGAAUCAUUUUAUUCUGACCAAUUGCAUUUUGAAGGAUGUUUCCCAAAGGCAACUUUUUUUGUUUUGUUUUUCUUAAUGUUGAGUGUUGAGCCAUUAUUUCUGGCUGCCAUUAGGAUCAAUUGUUUUUUCAGGUUGGUAAUAAAACCUUUAUGGAGAGAGGGCAGGUGUUCAGAGCCUAUGGCUUGCUGAGGCUCUGAGGGGGAGAAAUGAGAGUGGAGUGGGGUGAGGAGCAGGCACAGACAGACAAGCUUUGAGGUCCUAACAUUUAGCUCUCUCUUCUGAGGGGGAAAAAAAAGAAAAGAAAAAAAAUAUAUAUAUAUAUUCAGUUCCUUAUUUCCGUUUCUCACUGUGUUUUCUUCUAGUCUUGGUCCAUAUUCAUAUUCGCUUACCUAUGCAUGAGUUAUACACACCCUUUUGUGUCCUGUUUUUAAACUUACUGUAUAAUGUUUUAAAUGGUGUCAUUUAUUCCUUGUGAAUAGAUUUUAAAAAUAGACACAGCUCACUUUUUUCCUGACUGUAAAAGUAAAGCAUAUUCAUUGUAAAAAACAAACAAACAAACACACACACAGACAAUAGGCAAAGGAAGUGAAAAAUCACCUUUGGCAUUUGAAGUGUAUCCUUCAAGACCUUUUUCCUAUGCGUAUACAAAUACAUACCUACAAAAAUGGAACCAUAGCAUACAUGCUGUUUUAUUUUCUGUUUCCCAUGUCAAUAAAUAUAGACAGAGUAGCAUUUUUAAUGGUUGUAUGAAUGUACUAUUUAUUUACCCUUUCCUAUUGAUGACAUUUCAGGUGUUUCCGAUUUUGUCACUAUUAUAACAGUCCUCACACAUACAUCUCUCUUUAGGACUGAUUCCUGGAGGUAGAACUGAUGAGUCAAGGGGAAAGUCCAUUUAACAUUUUGAAAUACAUACAUUAUUUACCAAUGAUCACUACCAAUAGGAGUGUAUAAGAGGGACUCUUUCCCCUCACUCUUUCUAACAUGAUUAUGCCUCUUCACAGCCGCAGGUUGUUGUUACGUGCUGUUGAGUCUAUUCCGACACCUAGCGACCCUAUUACAAUAGAACCAAGCACUGCCAGGUCCUGCAUAACCCUGAAUUAAUGCUCAGAGAUCAGAUCUUCCAGUUCGGAGACAGAGAAGUGGGAACUUUUAUUCCUCCUCAAAGAAAUCAAAGACAUUAGCUAAACACGAACGGCAUAGGGAGCUAAUUAAAAAGGGUCUGGACUCAAAGGGAACUCUCCAAACCCCAGGCACUGGCCAUCAGCCAGAAAGCAGUGAAGAGCCGCGAUGUCCCUGUCAUGUGCCCAUACCGCCGCUAGAUGGCAGGAGAGAGGCCUGCGAGGGCUGAGCAUCCCGACCCAGUCCUGGGCUUCUUCGGCCCGCGGCUGUCUGACUCGGUGCAGGCCAGGGCAAGAGAAGGGGUCAAACGGGGCUGGGGAAACUGGACCUCGGGCCUGAGGACACCAAGGCAAGGGCCAGGAGAUGGAGUUCAGCACUCUAGGGAAGAAAAUGUGGGUCAAGUAAGCAAACUGAGGCGCAGCAGUCUUUAUCACCGCCCAAAACCCGUCGGGCACGUUAAUUAAGGACGCGAGGGGACACCUCUGCUGCGUUAGGGACACGGGGCGAAGCUUGGAUCAGGAGCACAGGACCAGGCCCCUCCGGGCCAGGUGAGUCAAUAAGAAAGUUGUACCUGGCCUACCGCGAGUCCUCCUGCUGCCUCGGAUCCCUGGAGGGCAGUUCCGUGGCAAAAGCCAGAGCUGUCGGAAUCAGAUCGAAGCCCCCAGCCCCACUUCGAGACCGUGGACCUAAGUUACAGGGACAGCUGUGUAUCUUGGCUCCUCUCUGAAAUGAAGCACCUACCCCAGGGAGGAUUGGUGUGAGGAUUAAUCGAGAUAAUACAUCAGACCUAUUAUUUUUGUACGCCCCCCCCUUAAAAACAACCGCACUCUACAGCACCCGAUACAACUGGUUUAUUAAUUUCCCCAAGGCUACAGAAGGAUAGAUCUCAACAGAGAUUUACCGUAUUCCGUUCUCUUUCAACACACCUCUAGUCCUUUAUCCCAAACCCAGAAAGGAAUGUUACAAACCCUGAUCCUCACACUCAGGGAGCCGAGGGUGUAAUUAAGGAGGCAGGAAUGAUACACACCCCGGAAAACUACUUCAGAAGUCUUACCAGGGUUCAAAUAUCAACAGCAUCUAAACAGUUCUCUUUGGAGAAGUUUCUCCAGCCCCUGCUGACAGGCUGUGAGCUCUGACGAAGUCCUGGGUCCACCCCACACCUCUGCUUAGUUCACUAGUCCAGUUCACAGUUGAAGGGGACAGCUGGUGGCCACUCCUAGCAAUGAGGUUAUGGGGGGAGGGGGCUGGGCUCUGUGUUGGCAGUUGCCAUGGUUUUGCUCAGCGUUCUGGAGCCAGCCUGCCCUAAGAGAUACUCAGGUCACAGAAGCAGGUCAGAAGCUUGAGGAGACAUGAGAAGUGCCACCCUGGACCCCACCAGCACACCUGUUGGGAUGGAGCCUUCAGAUGGGCAAGGGGGUGAAGGAGACAAACCGCUAGAGAAGGUGACUGAUGUGCCCUGCUUGGAGAGGAGCUCCAGCACCAACCCUGCUGGAGACUCACUCGUGCGCCAUGCCAAGGGCCUGGGUCAGGACACCUUCAAAAUUUGUAAAGAAUACCUAAGGCCUCUGAAGAAGUUCCUGAGAAAGCUACACCCGCCCAAGGACCUUCCCCAGAAAAAGAAGCUGAAGUACAUGAAGCGGAGCCUGGUGGUCCUAGGGGACCACAUCAACACUUUUCUGCAGCACUACUGCCGAGCCUGGGAAAUCAAGCACUGGAGGAAGAUGCUCUGGCAGUUUGUCUCCCUCUUCUCUGAACUGGAGGCGAAGCAGCUUCGCAGGCUCUACAAGUAUACCAAGAACAACCAGACAGCCAAGUUCCUGGUGGCAUUCUGCCCCUUGGAUGCACCAGAGGGCUCCUUGCUGGCAAACCAGGAAGACAGCCUGCCCAAGCUCUGCGAUGCCUGGGGCCUGCACAGCAACAUCAGUGGCAUGAAGGAGAGGCUGUCCAGGAUGCAGGCCCCAGGCCGAGAGGCCUCCUUGCUGGGGGAGCCGAGGUCCUGGGUCCAUGUCAGGAGAGGUCUUCUAAGAAAACUUCCUCAAAAACCAAAACUGAAGAGAAAGAGGAUUAAGGAAGCCUCAGACAACUACCCAUAGGAGAACCCAGCUGGGACAGAGGGCUGGCUCACCCUGGGCCCCAGGUCACCUGCCUAUCUUCAACACCUCUGCACCUGGGGAAUAGGGGCCAGUGAGGCGAAAGAAGAAAACUGUCUUUAUUAAGAGGUUGUUCAGUUUUUAA